AACAAAACAAAAAUAUAUAUCAAAGAUGACUCUGGCACAGACAAACUAUUGUCAAUCUGUUGCUAUUUCAAGUAAAGAGGGAAUGGACGUAGAGGACUACAAACCCAAAGGAUUUUGGUUAUUUAGACUUCUACGCAAUUGGACAACAAGUUCUCCGACCAUGUUAAGAGCCGUCGAAAAGAAAAUUCUUUCCUUUCUGAAAACACCAUAUCGUGGAUUUUUUGUUGACAUUGGUCCAGCCAUUGGGGAGUCGGAUAAAAUAUGGACCGUCAGCUUUAAUACAGAAUCAAAAGAAGUGCCAUUGGUAAUGUUGCAUGGCUUGGGUGCUGGUGUUGCAUUGUGGGUUAUGAAUUUUGAUGCUUUGGCCAAAGAUCGUCCAGUCUAUGCCAUUGAUAUUUUGGGCUUUGGUCGUAGUUCACGGCCAAAGUUUAGCAAUGAUGCCUUGACAUGUGAAAAACAAUUUGUUAAAUCGGUGGAAGAAUGGAGACGUGAAAUGAAUAUUAAAAAUAUGAUUUUACUAGGACAUUCUAUGGGUGGAUUUAUUGCAUCAAGUUAUGCUCUCUCGUAUCCGGAUAGAGUUAAACAUCUGAUAUUGGCCGAUCCCUGGGGUUUUCCCGAAAAGCCCUCUGAUGCAUUGUCCAGCAAACAAAUACCAUUAUGGGUGAGAGCAUUGGCUCAUGCUUUGACCCCGUUAAAUCCCUUAUGGGCUCUCCGUGCAGCUGGACCAUUUGGACAAUGGGUUGUGCAGAAAACUAGACCAGAUAUUAUGCGUAAAUUUUCCACCACCAUUGAGGAUGAUAUCAACCUAAUACCACAGUAUAUACAUCAAUGUAAUGCCCAGAAUCCAAGUGGCGAAUCGGCUUUCCAUACAAUGAUGGAAUCGUUUGGCUGGGCCAAACAUCCCAUGAUCCAUCGUAUUAAAGAUGUACGUCACGAUAUACCGAUGACAUUCAUUUAUGGAACCCGCUCCUGGAUCGAUUCAUCUUCGGGUGAAAAAAUCAAAGCACAACGUGGUGAUUCAGUGGUUGAUAUUAAAGUUGUUAAUGGUGCGGGUCAUCAUGUUUAUGCCGAUAAACCGGAAAUCUUUAAUCGUUAUGUCAACGAAACAUGUGAUUUAUAUAAAAUGCGCCCGUUGAUCAGAGAUUCCACGGAAUCGGAUGAAGAACAUGCCAACACGUCGGGUCCCGAGGCACAUUCCAAGGAAACCGAAGCCACGGAAGCCGAAUCGGAAUCAUCGAGAAAAUCACAAACAAAUACUACGAAUGUGACAAAGCAAACGAACGAAAGUGACGCUAACUCCUCGACAACAGACAGCAAUCGCAUCCAAUGA